ACUAUUUAGGAUCAAUUUUUAUUCAUUCAUACUGAUUGCUGCAAUAAGAUUUGACAGAACGACAUGUUAAAAGAAGAGAUUGAUUGCGUUAAAGAAUUAUAAAUAUUGUCGCUUUGCAUUCUCUCCACAUUGCUUCAGCUCUAGCGAUCAAUGGAGAUGCUCGACGCCUAUGCUCAGUUGCAAACUCUUAAUUUCCAACGCCAAGCAGCCACAUAGGUGCAACAAUGGAGUGAGAUCACUGAACCUUAUUGGCUUCCUCAAGUUGUGAAGCCCUUCUAAUGCUUCAAAGUUUUCUUCUAAACUGCAAAGGAUUCUGACAAAAUUGAAGUGCCUAAUGCCAAGAAUGAGCCUCAUAAUGAAUCCUCCGAGAGCAGAUUAUUGCGUGAGAUUAUUGGGCUAAGUAGCCAGCAAGAAAAUACCCAAACGGAGGACCAGAGCCUUGAGCUUGUGAGCUUCCUCACACAUUGCACAGAAGCAAUCAUCACAGGUGAUCAUGCAUCUAUAAACUACUUCCUAUCUAGACUUGGAGAAAUGGCCUCUCCGACUGGAAGUACAGUUCAUCGACUUGCAGCUUAUUUCACUGAAGGUUUGGCCUUAUCUGCAGUAAAGCUAUGGCCUCAUAUUUUUUCCAUCAAUCCGCCAAGAGAUGUCGUAGAGCCGAUUGACGACGACGAAGCCACGGCUCUUAGACUCCUCGACCAAGCCACCCCUAUUCCCAAAUUCAUCCAUUUUACUCUAAAUGAAAGAUUGAUGAGAGCUUUUGAAGGGAAGGAUAAAGUUCACAUCAUUGAUUUGGACAUCAAGCAAGGACUGCAAUGGCCAAGUUUGUUUCAGAGCUUAGCUUCCAGACCCAAUCCACCAAUACAUGUAAGGGUCACAGGGAUUGGAGAAUCAAAGCCUGAGCUACAGAACACAGGUGCAAGGCUUGCAGCUCUUGCAGAAUCUUUGAAACUUCCUUUCCAGUUUCAUGCUGUCGUCGACCAGUUAGAGGAUGUCAGGCUUUGGAUGCUUCAUGUGAAGGAGGGAGAAUGCUUGGCUGUAAAUUGUGUUCUUCAGCUGCACAAAACCCUCUAUGAUGACACUGGAAGUUCUCUAAGGGAUCUAAUGUGUGUGAUUGGGAGCACGAAUCCUGCAAUAGUGCUCGUUGCAGAAGAAGAAGCUGAUCACAAUCACCAUCAACUGCAGUUGAGGUUUGCAAACUCUUUGAAAUACUAUGCCGCCAUCUUCGAUGCCUUGAAUGUUAGUCUGCCGGAGGAUAGCUCGGAGAGAGCUAAGAUUGAGAAGAUGUUUGCGAGAAAGAUCAGGAAUAUCAUUGCUCGGGAAGGAACUGAGAGACAUGAGAGUUUCAGCCAAUGGAGUAGGAAGAUGAAGGAUUGCAGAUUUAAAAAUGUCGGCAUUGGAGAUAGGGAAAAAGUUCAGAGCCAGGUGAUAUUGAGGAUGUAUUCAGAUUCUAGCUAUUCUGUGGAGAAGAUAGAAGAAGAUGGAGAAGCACUUUGUCUAAAGUGGCAAGAACAACCACUUUAUACUGUCUCUGCUUGGGCUCCCAUGGAUAUUGCUGGAAGCUCAACUGCAGCUCAGCCAGAUUGAUUGGAGUUCUCAAACUAAUAUGGUUUGAUCUAGUUUCAUUUCCUUCUCAAGCUUCUGCUUGGAUUCUUUUGCUCCUCUGAUGGAGAGAUUUCUUACCGGGAGGAAGUUGAGAUUUCUUUCUUCCUUUCCAAUACUUAUUUUAUUCUUUGAGGAUCACAUGCAGGAGGCAACGAAAGGCAGUGGAAUAAGAUUGAUAUCAUUCUUUGAUUAAUUUGUUAAGAGAACAUGUAACUCAUUUUAUGUUAAUAUGCCCUUUUCUUACCCAUAAGUGUAGUUAUUCAACAACUUUGCAUUGAAUGCUGAAGCUAUGAGAAGCUUGUUUCUCAUGUUUCAGAUCACUGAAUGCGAUAUCUGUAGUGUUAAAAACCUGAUGGAAAGAAUUCAAGUUAACUUGAGAUUUUUUUUUUAUUGGCAUAUUUUUUUGGAUAUAUAUUAUUAGAUUGCUGAGUUUUGAUUUGAGCAUCUAGGGAACUUGAUAAAUUAAAAAUUAUUUUGAUCGCAUUCCAAAACAAAAGCAUACUGUAUAAUAAUGUUGCUUUUAAUUUUUAUUUUUUCAACAUUCUUAAUUUUCUCUCUUCUCUUAAUAUCAAAAUAAUAACCCUAUUAUAUUAUUUGCCUUUUAGAUUUCACUCACUAUUUUUUUUUUUUAAUUUCAGCCAAUGAUAUUGAGUUUCUAACCAUUGUUUCCUUAUUCAAGUAGUCUUGUAACGCUUGUGGUAUAACGUAUGUGUAGCUGAAAUGAGCAGAGGAGGAGAACAGAAUGGAGAAAUCAGUAGAUUUGAGGGAGCAAGGGAAACAGACAUACACUACUACCAAAGGAUAAAUCUCAACCAUUAAUUCAUAACAAACCUGAUACAUCAUACACGUACACGUGUAAAAACACAUGCUCACUUUACUUAUAUAAAGCUGCUCUAGUCUCAUCUUUCACAUCUGUAAUAAACAAAUCGUUAAG